AUGCAGACGCACCUACUCACCGGUCUCUCCUCCGCCCACCAAUCUCCAGCAUCACUUUCGGCGGAAGGACAUUGGGAACUGGGCAAGGUGUUGAGAAAUGGCCUCAAUCCUUCUCUCCAAUUCCACCCUGAUACUCCAACUCCUCCAAAACCACGCGUUGUCAAUGUACGCAGAGCCUGUGAAUGCGACAAAUUUACAACACGUGGUCCCACCUACCUACCUACCUACCUGGAUGAUUGUGCUGGAAGGAAGGGCACAUCCUCCAAGUUGCAUCUACUACUAAUUGCUUGUGAUGCUUAUUGCCACCUGCCUUGGCAUCAGCCCAACAAUCAUCUGCCCAACAGGGUGGACAGAUGGGCGGAUGAUUGA